AUGAAUGGACAAUCCGAAUUUACUCUUGAUUCUUCUCCUCAACCUGCUGGUGGAUUUUCUUUAGAAACUAGUGAAAAUAGUGGAAAGAAAAAUACUAAUGUCAAUGGAGAGAAAAAGGAUAAGGUUGUCAUGGAUUAUUCCACUGAUUUUCCAAGUCUUCCAACUGCUUCUGCCAAAAAUGUUAGUAGUGGACAUUCAGUUUGGGGAAAACAACCUGUUUUAAAAUCUACUCUUGUUACUGAGUUCAUCAAACUUUCUGCCAAUGAACGUGCUGCUAGAGGAUUUGCAAAAAAUGAUGGUUCAGUUCCUAAUGAAACAAAAAAAUGUAAGGAAAUUGCUACUGAAACAGGAUGCAAAAUUGAUCUUUCUGAAGCUAAAGAUGGAUCAUUAAGUAUCAUGAUUACUGGAAAGCAAAAAUCUGUAACAGAAGCACAAGGUCGUUUAAUUCGUGAACUUCAAACUCAAGGUGUUCGUGAAAUUAAAAUUCCAAAAGAACACUAUGGAUUUAUCAUUGGAAAAGAGGGUUCCAUCUUGAAAAAGUUGGAAAACGAAUUUUAUUGUCGCAUUUUCAUGCCUAAUAAAGAAGAAAACAAAGAUUUUAUCAAAAUAACUGGACCGGGCAACUACGCUGAUGCUUGUGCUGAAAAAAUUUUAUCAAUUAGUUCCGAACGUUCCAAGCAAACAUCUGAAAACUUAGAAAUUGAAAAACAAUACUACCCAUGGAUUCGUGGAGCUUACAAUUCCAAUAUUGAACGUUGGACAGAAAAUGGAGUUGUCAAAGUUAAUAUUCCUCCACCAAAUGUUGAAAGUAACAAAAUUAAUGUCACUGGAGAGAGAGAAGCUGUUAUCAAAGUUGUUGAUGAAAUUAAAAAAAUUUACACUGACAAAAAAGAAAAAGUCAAAACUGUUACAACAAAAAUUCCACGUAGUCAAAGACGUUUUGUCCUUGGAAAUAAGGGCUCUGGAAUUCAAGAUAUUCUUAAAAAUACUGAUUGUGUUAUUGAAGUUCCUGCUGAAGAUGAUGAAUCAGAGAAUAUAACAAUCCAUGGUACUGAAGACAAAAUUAUUGAAGCAUUGUCUGCUGUUUAUACUCGUGCUACUAGUAUCAUAUCAACUGAAAUUAAAGCAGCACAAUGGCUUCAUAAAUAUCUUAUUGGACCAAAAGGUGCUACACUUCAAAAUUUAUUCCCAACACGUGAAAAACUUAAGAUUGAAUUUAAUGAUAAUUCAACAAUUUUCCUUGAAGGACCACCACAAGAAGUUAGUAAUGCAAAACAAAUUUUAAAUGAUGAAAUUGGAAAACUUUUAUCAUCAAUGGAUUCACAAACAAUAAAAGUACCAAUAACUUAUCAUCGCCAUCUUGUUGGAAAAGCUGGUGCAAACAUUACAAAACUUCGUGAAGAAUUUGAUGUUAAUGUAGUAAUGCCAAAUGAAAACACUAAUUCUGAAGAUAUUGUUGUUGAAGGAAAAAAAGAAGGUGUUAAAAAAUGUAUUGAUCAAAUUCAAGAAGUUGUUAAGAAAAUGGAAAACGAAAAAUCACGUGAUAUAAUCAUUGAACAACGUUUCCAUAAAAAUAUCAUUGGCAAUAAAGGAGAAUCCAUUAAUAAACUUCGCCAACAAUAUCCUUCUGUUUCUAUUGGUGUUCCAGAUGCUUCAUCUAAAUCAGAUAUAAUUAAUAUUCGUGGAAAUAAGAAUGAGGUUGAUAAAGUUUAUGCUUACCUUAGUAAACUUCAAAAAGAACUUAUUGAAUCAAAUUAUCAAGAGUCUGUACCAAUAUUUAAAGAAUUCCAUAAACACAUUAUUGGAAAGGGUGGUUCUACUAUUAACAAAAUUCGUGAUGAAACAUCAACUAGAAUUGACAUUCCACUUGAUGGUUCUUCUGAUGACAAAAUUGUUGUAACUGGAAAGAAAGAAAAUGUUAAGAAAGCUGUUGAUCUUUUAACUAAAAUUCAAAAUGAGCAAAGUAACAUUAUCUCUGUUAACGUUCCUAUUCCUCCAAAAGCAGCAACACGUUUUGCUUACACUGGAAGACGUUUAUUAACUGAUAUUGAAAAAGAAUGUGAAAAUGUUUUCUUCUCAUUACAAAAAGAAAAAAAUGAAAAAAUUGUUAUUCGUGGACCAAAAGAAUAUGUUGGUAAAGCUGAAAAACUUGUUAAUGAACUUUUAAAUACUCUUAAUGAACAAACUGAAGAAGCUAUUGUUAAAGCUCAACCAAGUUUCCAUAAAUUCCUUAUUGGUAAAGCAGGAGGUAAAGUUAAAAAAAUUCGUGAAACUUAUCCUACUGUUAGAAUACUUUUCCCUGAUGAAAAAGAUGAAAAAGCUGAUGUAAUUCAAAUUGUUGGUAAAAAAGAUGAAGUAGAAGCUGUUAAAAAGAUUCUUGAACAGCAAAUUGAAGAACUUAAACAAACUGUUGAAGAUACUAUUGAUAUUGAUCGUAUUUAUCAUAAACAUUUUGUAUCAAAAGGAAGUGAAGUAUUGAAAGAUAUUCAAUCAUCUAAUGGAAAUGUUCAAAUUUAUUUCCCAAAGAUUUCUGAACAAAGUAACAUAAUUACUCUUAAAGGAUCUAAGGAUUGUGUUGAGUCUGCCAAAGCUAGAAUGGAAGAAAUUGUUGAAGAUUUAAAAGCUCAAGUUACCAUUGAAUUUGAAGUUGACAACAAACACUUCCGCUCAAUAUUAGCAAAUCGUGGUGCAGCCAUCCAUGAUAUCUCUAAACAAUACAAUGUUCGUAUCAAAUUCCCAGAGCGCAAUGCUGUUGAUGAGGUAAAUGAAAAUGGAAAGAAUUUAGCUAAUACUAUUACCAUAACUGGUAACAGUGCUAAAGUUGAUGAUGCAAAAAAUAAUUUGUUAGCUUUAGUUCCAGUAACUAAAGAAAUGAAUAUAUUAAGAGAACACCAUCGUUCUUUAAUUGGUCGUGGUGGAGAAGGUAUUCGUAGUCUUCAACAAACAUACAAUGUUAAUGUUUCUAUCCCACAGGAAACUGAUCAAUCUGAUGUUAUUGUUAUAUCAGGAAUUGCUACUAAAGUUGAUGCUUGUAUUAAAGAUAUUGAAGAACGUAUUAAAGAAUUUGAAAAAAUUGCUGCUGAUAGACAAUUAAGAUCAUAUAAAGUUUCACUUUCUGUACCUCCAAAAUACCAUCAAAAAUUGAUUGGAAGACGUGGAGCUGCUGUUAAUGAUAUGAGAAACAAAUUUGAUGUUCAAAUUUCAUUUCCAAAAGAUGGAGAUGCUCCUGAUAUGGUUACAAUUACUGGAUAUGAAAAAAAUGUUUAUGAAUGUAAAGAGGAAAUUGAAAAAAUUGUUGCUGAAUUAGAUGCAAUGUUUUCUCAAGAAAUUGAACUUGAUCCAAGAUUUCAUCCACGUAUGAUAGGAACUGGAGGAAGAUCAUUAAGAAAGAUGUGUGAUGAAUUUAAGGUUGACAUUCGUAUGCCAUCUAAAACUGAUGAAAAUCCAUCACUUGUUGUUGUUUCAGGAAAAAAUGAAGAUGAUGUUUUUAAUUGCAUUGAACAAUUAAAAAUUCAAGAAGAAGAUUAUAUUGAACUUUUAAUUGAAAGAGGACAAUAUUAUACUCCUGCUCAAACUCAAUCUGUCCAAAAAACAUCUUCAUCAUCACGUACUGUUCAAAUUACUGGAGCUCCAUGGCAAAUGGAUAAUGAAGAACAAUUUCCAUCAAUGUCAUCAAAUACCCAAUCAUCAAACAUAACUGGAACACCAGCUCUUUCAGGAGUUUGGGGUGCCCGUCUUUCCAGAACUAGUUGUUAA